UUUGUAUCCCUAUAAAAACCAAGCUCCCCAUCUCCAUUAAAACCAGAACAAACAGCCAUCAAAAUCUUUUGAUCGAUCGACCGCUGCUUUGGAGUUUCCGUUGAUCCGAUUCCUAGCACAUCAUCAUCAUGACUGGUGGAAUUGGAUGUGUGCAGUGUGGCACACGUAGCAACCCAUGUAGGUGCAAGGUGGUGGGGCCUACCUUAGGGUGUUUAUGCUUUCUUGGAGCUGCCAUUAUUGAAUGGCCUAUUGGGGCUUGUGUUUACUUGUUCAAGCACGUCAAGGGGAGAAGAAUCAUGGCUCAUCCGGCCACUGUUGUUUAUCCGAAGGUCUCUAAUGCCAUUCCAAUUUGAUGCAAAAAUUAAUCCAAAUUUUUUUGGUUAAUUGGUUGCUUUUGCUUAAUCUUAGUUUGUAUGUGUAAGCUUUGUCUAUGUCUGCAGUUUUAAUCUGCUUAUCAUUAAUAACAACACAGUUGAUUUCCUAAUCUGUAUUGAAACUCAUCAUUUUCUUC